CAGAGUGGACAGCCCAAACACGUAGUGGCAGCAGACAACUAUCAAACAACGUCGUCCUGACAGUUUUUAAACUAACAACCCACCUUCGCCGGUAAACAAUGUGACCAAGUGAGAAGAAGACCUCGGCGAGGACUGUGAGAGACGCAUGACAACCAACUUUGGUUGUUGUGAGACGCACCAUGACAUCUCAGCCGAGUGCACACGAUGGAGAGAGGCACCUCCUUCGCCUCCGAGCAUGGCAACAGAGGGUCCAAGAAGCCAGCCAAACCCAAGAACCUAAGCCUGAGAAUGUACCCCUUUUUGGGGAGCCAUACAAGACAAACAAAGGAGAUGAACUUUCCAAUCGAAUCCAGAGGAUGCUGGGCAAUUAUGAAGAUGUGGAUACUCCCUCACCACUUUCCAUUGAGACGAUACCCACUCCCGCUUAUGCAAACCUCUCACAGUCAGAUCAGGGUCAGUUAAACACAGAUAAAUCAACCAAACCUCCAAUUCAGAACCAGGUCCUUUCCAUGUCCACACAAAGCCAGAAGGAGCCUUCUAGUAACUCCUUGCACCCCAUGAGAGGAGUUACUACCACUUCCCCGACUCACCAUGGACAUUCAUCCACUUUCUCAAAGCCACCUUUAAACCACAGUCAGGGCAGUCAGCUUAACCACUCAGCACAUCCUCAACAACAACAAAAGAAGAACGAAGUCUUCUCAGACCUCAGGGACCGUGCCAGUCUUUACCACAAAAUGUCUGAUCAGUCUGACGAUGUUAAGCCGCUACCCUUCGUACAUUCCAGUGACCAUAAUCACAUGGACAUGGACACUAAGGACACUGUUGAUGAAUAUCAAGGGUCCACAGACCAUGCCUCUGAGUCUUCCAGCAAUGUAGAUGUUUCCACAUUGAAAAUUAAACAAUCCCCUAAGGAUGUAUCACUGCCUGAAGCUAACAAAACUAACGCACUACCCUCCCAGACUUUUCCUCUCCUGUUGUCAUCUAAGCAGCCCAGUGUGGUCAUGACCCAGAAGCCAACAGCAUACGUACGGCCCAUGGAUGGGCAGGACCAGUUGGUCACAGAGUCACCUGAGCUCAAGCCUUCACCAGAACCAUAUGCACCACUGCCAGAGUUGAUAGGCAAGUCUGACCUGGGUAAAACAAAGAAAGCGCCACAAUUUUUGGAGACAAAGACAGAUGAAGCUCAAUGUGUAGAGGACAUCUUAAGGGAAAUGGCUCAUGCUUGGCCACCUCUCCUAAAAACUAUAUGCACACCAAGCACAGAUGAGCCCCCCAAGUCCCCUUUCCUAGCCAAGGAAGCAAAGCAUGCCUCUUCAUGUCCAGGACAGAGAAACCAUGACUCCUUACCUCCUGAGUCAUCUCAUCCCAGCCAACAGAUGUCCUCAUCUUCAUUUGAAGGGGCACAUUCCAGCGGGGUAGAGUCUAUGAGCUCCAGUGAAUCGGAGAGUAGCUCGGGAUCAGAUUCGGAGACUGAAAACUCUACUGUGGAGCCACCUCAGCCUCCAGCUGGCACCUCAGUUAAAACUGCGGCUGACGCCCCAGCAGUGAGCCAUGAGGACUGGCAGUUGGGAAACUGGAUCAGGUCCAGCCAACCAAAUUCUGGCAGUGAAAGUCAAAGCGCGGUACUUGUUCCUGAGAACACCUCUCAUAAAGAACAACAGUUCACUCAAGACUUCAAACACUCCAGCGUUCAAGUGGUUGACUCUACUGGGGAGUCUCAGCCUCAGCUUUCUUCUCACCACACAGACAGCACCGCCAUUUCUCAGCAAAGCAGUGAAAGCUCUCAGGACAACUGUUGUCUGCAAAGUCGCCAAAAAUCUCUCUCUGCUAAUGUGAACAGCUCAAAGAAAUUCUCAAAAUCAGUGAAAGGAGGUUGUCCAGACCGCACUGAUGCAGCAACCCCUGUGAAAUGUGAGGAAGCGGUAACAGCUCAAACAAAAUACCCAUGUUUCACAGAUAGACCCAAGGUAAAGACGAAAGUAGGACACUGCAAAAAAAGUAAGGAAGGCAGUAAUGGUAAAAGAGACAUUAAAAGGACUAAACUCAAUUCACAGCAUUUUCCUAACUCCUGCCCCGCCCAAAGCCCUGUUCAGCCUGCCCCACUAGUCAGCAUCAGUUGUAGCAAAUCCAACGCAGAGACCAUCUGCCAGACGGGCACCAAGAUGCCUCACAAAACGACCCACAAGCACUUAGAGAAGCCUGGGCGUAUUGCCAAGGCUUCUCUGGACCUCGAGAGGACUCCCAGAUCCCUAAUGGUGAAGAUAGAGCUAAGUCUGCUCUCAAGAGUGCCCCAGACCUCUGGCAUUCACCAAGGAAUUCCCAGCACUGCAAAACAAUGUGCACCGGUCAUGGAUCCAGAUAAAGUAGGCGGUGGUACUUCUGCAACACACAGCCACACUAAAACCAGCAGGAAGAGUAAACCACAAAAUGCUGAGGUAGACAAAGGUCUUCCCAGGAAGAAACAGAAGCUGGAAAACAAGAACGCUUCAUUGACAAAAGUUUCUGUGAAACUGAAAUGUUCAAGCAGUCUAGCAGAGGCGCAGCAGUGGAAGAAGGCCAAGAAAGAUUGUCAGCCCCCUGAACCAUCUGAAGAUGCUGCUAAAAAGUCAAAGCUUCACAAGAGCCAGGUGAAAACACAAGAAUCGAGUAAGAAAACAGAAAAGAAAAAGGUGUCUCAUAAACACAAGAAGAGCAAUGGAAAAUCCACAGAGCACCCAAAGUCUGAAACGAAUAAGUCCCCAAAGGUCAGCUUUGCUGUAACAUCAUCAUCACAGCCCCUCAGCGAAGCUGUGGCUAACAGAUCCUUGCUCAAAUCUGAAGAGAGACAACAUCCAGUGAAGCAUUACAUAAAAGAGGCCAAAAGACUGAAGCAUAAAGCAGAUGCAGAGUCGGAUAAGCUCAGUAAAGCUUUCAACUACCUUGAUGCUGCCAUGUUCUUUGUUGAGAGUGGCAUUGCCAUGGAAAAAGAUCCACAGACGUUGUUGUCUUCCUACACAAUGUUUGCAGAGACUGUGGAACUCCUCAAGUUUGUGCUGAAACUUAAAAACUCAGUGGACCUUUCUGCUCCGCCCCCAGAGAAAGACUUUCUAGUUUUAUGUUUGAAGUGCCAGUCUCUCCUGCAAAUGGCCAUGUUUCGACACAAACACAAAGCUGCACUAAAGUAUUCAAAGACCCUCACUGAACACUUCAGUAGCUCUGCUCAGGCAACACACAAUCCUCAAACAUCUAGAGUGGGAGACAACCUGUCCACCUGCCUGCCAUCUCCAGCCACCACCUCAGGUCUUAGCUCUAACCACAGUGCCAGUGGGUUGGUUGUGGGCAGUACUGUGGCAGUUCCUCAAGCCAUUGAACAAAUGACUUUCACCUAUGUCAACAUCACAUCAUUGUUUUUGAGUGCUCAUGACAUCUGGGAGCAGGCAGAAGAGUUGGCACGUAAAGGCAGCGGUAUGUUGGCAGAGCUGGACACUGUUAUGGGGCCUUUAAACCUGUCUUCAGAUAUGACCUCCAUGGUCCGCUACACAAGACAAGGUGUUUACUGGCUGAGGCUGGACAGCCAAAAGGUAUGACACCGAAGGCCUGUGAACCUUCAAGCUGCCUCUCACUGCCUUAAAUUCACGUUGGUAUGAUUACCCUGAUCACAACCUCAGCUUACCCUCAGGCUUGUGCCAUUUUUGGCAUGGACAUUGACUAAUCUCGUCGACAGUAUCGAUGCGGAUGCAUGCUCUAAUGGCUAGAUUUUGGAUUCCCCAUCAAGAAGACAACACACACUGAUGCUCUUGUUCUUUCUGUCGCCUUGUUUUCCUGGCACUUUAAAAACAUGGACGUAUGCUGAAAACCACACCUUCAGAUGAUGUCAGAAAAUACUUACAAAUUGGGGCUUAGUGGCAUUUGAAUGGAAGCACAUCGGAUAUUUUUGAAAAUGGACUUUGGUCCUACUUGGCUGAUAAACACAGUUGUGGUGGAAGUACUCACAAAGGUGUUACUUUUUUAUGCUGAUUAUACCAACUUUUGUUAUUGAUGUCAGGAAACGCAGCAGUUAAAUGAUAUUUAGUCUCAACUUUUCCUGGUUAAUUUUAUUUCAUAUCUGUUUCAUUCUGAAAGUUAAACUUAGGCUUUUGUAUUUUUAAUUUUUUUUUUUUCUGCUAAAGACCAUGAAGUGUGUUGCAGAAGUGCCAGAUGGUUACAUUAAAUUGGCAUUUAAUUUAUUCAUUUUAAAUUCUCCAUAUUGGAAUCUGUUUUCUGUUGUUUCAAAUUGGCUUUGUCAGAUUGACAGCACUGUGGUUGUACAGAGACACAGUGCAGGUGCAAUAAGAAGGCUAAAUGAUAAGCACAUGCAUUAAUCACAAUCAGAUGAAUGAAGGUAUGUUGGGGUACAACUAACAUACGAACAAAGGUGAGAGGCAGAGUUGGAAAAACCUUUAUUUCAGAGGGGCUGUAUCUGCACAGGCAUUUUCAGAAGCCGUUGUGUAUCAGGUGCAAGUGUAGUCUUGUUGAUUUCAAGUUCUAAACAUUUCAUUUUGUGUCCUACCUUUCUGCUCCUGUGAGGAAUGCUGUUUUUGUGUGAAUGAUGACUGGGAAGUACCUGACUCACUGGUGAAUCAUGGUUAAUGGUUUUUUGGAAUAAUGGUGAAGCUGUGGUACGGGGUGAUCUGGCUGCAGUACCGUUUAAUUGUAGUGCCUAGUUUGUUAGACCAAAGCAGACUUCAUUUUAUUCCUGUCAUCAAGUCAAAGAAGAUUGCACUUUUGGCCUCCUACUUGUGGAAACUAUAGCGUUCAAGUGUCAAAUAAAAGCAACGCACAUGUUGAGUUUCUAGUCCCUGUGAUCAUUCCUGCUGUCCAUGCUGGCUGUGAAAAGGUACACAAUUCACAGUGCUCUUCUUGUGUAACCAAAUUCUUGCUUGUGUCUCUACAGACAUACUGUAGUUGCACAUGGUUGGCACAGACAACCAGGUAAAAUAUCUUGCAACCUGAUCUCAUCUCAAUUUGUGCAUUUAUGAGGUGCAGCUGGCCAAACAUGGUACAUCCUCAGGACAAAGGAAGCACAGUGCUACUGUUAUACCACUGCUAAUGCCUGAAGCUUUUGUUGAGCUUGCUUAAAAGAACAGGAAGGUAGAGUCAGGUGACCUGGCUGAAAUCAGCCAUUACAAGCCAAUAUGGUCAGAUUCAGUGGACACGUCACUGCUUUUAACUUGUAUUUUUCCUUAUAUGCUCUUGAUGCAGAUCAAAUGUAAACACAGGUCACUGGAUCUGCUUCCAGAGAUUCAGCUGAACAGAAAAAGGGAAUUUUGAACAAAAAGAUCAGAUUGAGUUCAGCUUACAAAAGCAUUUUUAUGCAAAAUGAGGACUGUGGAUUUUGUCCCCUAACACUUUCAUUUUUAUUGCUUCAUGAACAGAAGGAAACAUUUCAAUAUCCAGUGAUCAUUUCCAUGCAUGCAAAAUGUGAACCUGGCCUUUAACCAAAGGCGUGUCUUCAAGUCCUUGUGUAAACAAAAGAAAAAGGUCUUUCUUUGGCUGUGAUGGUGGAUGUAGUGGUUCACUUUGAGCCUGUUUGUCAGUCUGUGUUGCCUUUAAACUAGAUUGUUGUAGUCAUUAACAAAGAAGAUGCUAUUUAAUGUUUCCUUCAGUUUUUGCACCAGUAAGCUUGAUCUGUGUUCCCACACUUUGGUUGGCAAACUUUAACUUAAUCAGUGGGAAACUAUGGCUUACUAAUGAGAGUUUUGAGCAUUUUGUACUUAAUUUCAGCGCAUUAUUGUGCAGAAGGGCUGUUUCCAAGACCAACGUGACUGUGUUAGUCGUUAUUGUUUACUCCAAGUUUGGCUCACAGCAAUACAGUUUGGGUUGGUAACAUUGGUUACACAAGUUUUAUUUGGGGGGGGGGAUACAGAAAUGAUCAGUGAGUAAUUAUUGAAGCAGAAAAAGAAACUUUGGUUUAGACUAGUGCCAUAUGUGCCACUGGGUUUUGGAAGUUUCACUUUUUAAAUUGGUCGUUUCGGUGUAGUUACAAGAUUUAAAUAAGGGCUGAAAAACGAUCAAAGUAUUCUGAAUUUUAUUUUCUCAUAAAUAAAAUUAUUAUUCUUUGUAAGUAAGAACCACUGGUGCCAUGGAAUGUGGGAUUACAUUUUAUGUACAGAUCCUCAGCAGUUUCUUACCUUGGAUGCCUCCAUGAAUGGAAACUGCAAAAUUUGUCAUUCAGGAUUUAUAAACUGUGCAACUUUAUCAGUUUUCUGAAUUCCUGGGUUCUUGUACUUUCUCAUCUGUGGCUUUAUUCUCAUUAUCUUUGGUUGUUGGUGCUUCAUUUAUGAGUUGCUCCGCAACAGAUUUGUCUAAAUAAUUAUUUACUGGAAACAUGUCUAAAAAGGGUUUUUGAAGGAUGUUUGUGUUUCAUUUUGUAAAAUAUGUUUAAAAAAAAUAAAUUUUUUGUGUUGCAGUGUACAGACAUGAAUAA